UCUGUAAAGCUUCGACCUUUUUUGAUCUCGACUUCAGAGUUAUAUCGUCUUCUUCUCUUCACCUGUUCAGAUUUGACCCUUUCACUCCACUUUCAGAUUUGGUCUUUUGCUUCUUCUUCUUCUUCUCGUGGCUGAUAUAUUGGUAAUUGUGUUUUCGAGAUUGGUGACAUUUAUAAUGGUGAAAUGGGGUUAUAAUGCACGCGUGUUGCUCGACUGAAAGCCGCAGAGACAUUGUUUUGCUGCAUAAAUUGAGUGGAGAGACUCAAAAGUCUGAAGCUUUUUGAUUGGGGCAGGCUUUUUAUAUGGAUAGAUAGAGUGUGUUGACAACUAGAAACUGGGUUUCUGAUGGUGAGCUCGUCUAUAUCGAAUAAGAGAUACACUUAUAUACACGAAAGUGAGAGUGAGGCAAAUAGAGAAGCCAUUGACAUUCACCAUGUGAUCAUCAACGGAAGCAGAGUAACUGGUUAUGCCCGUCUUAGGUGGCUUGCUUUCUUCCUUGUGGCUUUGGCUAUCAUCAUGUACUUUCUUCUUGGAAAGGACAAUCCAGUUAGGACUCUUUCUUGGAGCUGCCUCUUAAGUGGUUUCUUUGUUAUGAUACAAAGCCGGAAGUUUGUCAAGAAAGAAUCUGUUAUAAUCAUGCCAACCUUUGGGAUCCAACUUGAAACUCAAUAUUUAAGUGGAAAAACUGUCUCCAUGUUUAUUCCUAUUGGCAAGAUUUUGAAGCCUGUGCUUGUCGAAUGUGUCACCCCUGUUACAUGUUACUGGAGUCUCUCCUUGUUUCUGCGUGGCGAAGAACAGCUUACAUUGGUGUUUAAGGAACUGCGUCCGACAUUGAAGAUGUUGGUUCCUAUUUGGAAGGCAUUGUGUGCUGUUAUUGGCACAGACCAAAGUGAAAUGAUGACUGAAGAAGAACAUGUUGUAGCUGGUUAAGCAUUUACAUGCGACAUAUCUACUACUGCCAUUACAAGCAGAAUUUUUGUUUUUGUUUUUUCCUUUGGUAUAUUAGUUGAAUGCAAAGAGUACAAUUAGUUAUAUCA